AUGGCGUCCUUCUUGGUGGCCGGCGAGCGACUGCUGCGCGCUUUGGGCCCCGGUGGGGAGCUGGAGCCAGAGCAGCUGCCCCAGAAGCUGCGGGCAGAGCUUGAGGCCUCGCUGAAGAAGAAGCACAAGGGCAGCGAUCGCCCCAAUGGCCCCGCAUGCCUGGUUUCCUUCCGCCUGAUCCGGGAUCUGCACCAGCAUCUGAGAGAAAGGGAUUCCACACUGUACCUUCAUGAGCUCCUAGAAGGCAGUGAAAUCUAUCUCCCAGAGGUUGUGAAGCCUCCCCGGAACCCAGAGCUAGUUGCUCGUCUGGAGAAGAUUAAGAUACAGCUGGCCAAUGAGGAAUAUAACCGGAUCACCCGCAAUGUCACUUGUCAGGAUUCAAGGCACGGUGGGACUCUCAGUGACCUGGGAAAGCAAGUGAGAUCAGUGAAGGCUCUUGUCAUCACCAUCUUCAACUUCAUUGUCACGGUGGUAGCUGCCUUCGUCUGCACUUACCUUGGAAGCCAGUAUAUCUUCACAGAAAUGGCCUCGCGGGUACUGGCUGCAUUGAUCGUGGCCUCUGUGGUGGGUCUGGCUGAGCUGUACGUCAUGGUGCGGGCAAUGGAAGGCGAAUUGGGAGAGCUAUAACUGAUGCUUCAUCGUCAAAGUCUGGAGAGGGUUUUGGGAGACCCCAGGCUCCUAGCUGCCAAUCACUGACUCAGUCAACCUAUCAGGCUCUUCGUACUCAGCUCCAGUUAGUCAGAGGACUGGCCAAGGCUGCCUGCUGUUCCUGUGGGGAGCCCCAUCCUCUGUCAACUUCCAGAGAGGGUAGUAGAGGAGACUCAGACAACAACUGAAAAGAACUGGUCUCUCAGGACCGUGUCCUGAACCCUGUGCUCAUCUACCUUCUCCAGUCCGUUCUGGGCACUGCUGGCGCUGGGUUUUUUCCAGCAGGAGUAAAUAGAAUCCAGGCCUUCCCAGCAGUAGACCGUACUGCCUUGACUUGCCCAAGUGCAGAGAUCGAUGGUCAUCCUUGCUCCACACAUCCUUGUUGCAGACCUGUAAUUUAGAUCAGAAGCCUCCAAAAAAGCAGAAAGGAUUCCCUUUCUCCAGUUUGUGCUGGAAGAGGAACUGAUCAGAGGACAUCAAAAAAAGAAAGACAGAUUGGUACAGGAUGGUGGAAUUGGAAGCAUGGCAACUGCCUUUUCAGAAUCUUCAUUUCUGUCUUCAUCCUCUUCCUUCUGCUUGCUUUUUUCCUAUUUUCUGUACGCUUUGCCUGUCUCUGCUGCUCAGCCCUGCUUAACCCUCCCACCUUCCCAUCACCCUUGGCUCUGCUUCCCAAAAUGGAAAACAGUUCAGACAGCAAAAGAGUAUGUCUGCUUUUAAUUGCAAGAUCCCUUGUGCUUGUUUGAUCUUUGGAUUGAGUAUGCCUACUGUGGCUUAUCUCUACUAUUAAUGGGAGAUGUUCUUUAUAGACAGGGAGUAUUUUCAGAUUUAACCAUAUGUAUAACUAUGAGUAUGUGUACAUGUCAUAUAUGUUAUGAAUAUAUGUAUUGUUAUAAAUAAGCCUAAUGCGGCAUAUUUUAUGUAGGUUCUUAAACAUGUUUGGGUGAGUGCGAAAAAUAGUAAGUAAAUGUUCACAGUUGACUAAUUGUUUUACAUGAUUGCUUUUGAUCUUGACAACAGUCCCGGAAGUUGGAAAAGGAAAGGGUUUUAGGCCCCUUUUCCAGAAGACAAAACUGAGGCUGAGAGGGAUCAGAUGACCAGCUGUGGUCCUUCCUCUGUUAAAUAGAACCAAAGACUCCUAGGUUGUCCUGAAGUCUCUGCGUGAUGUUAAACUUCUAAGACUUUAGAUUAGUGGUGUGCUGAUAGAAUCUGUAUAAGGCACUUAAAAAUGAUAUCAGCGUUGUUAUUUACCUAAUAAAUAUUUAUUAUAUCCAGUA